AUGCACGGCAUCCGUCGGGAAGACUUUUAUAAAACUGCUGAAGAGGCUGAGGCUUUUAAGCGUAAGCUUGAGAAGGGUUACAAGUUACUUGAUUCCUUUGUGAAUAAUGUGCGUGAGAGUGAGUGUACUGUUGAAUCUUGCGAUGGUAUUUUGGGUGAUCCUGCUGAGGCUGAUCGUAUGUUUGAAUUAUCGACUGCGAUUAUAGAUUUCAUGCCUGAGUACAACCCAUCAUGGCAUUAUCGCAAGAACUAUUUCUUACAACCAAGGUUGGACCGUGAACGUUUGGUAUCACUUUUGUUGGAUGAGCUUGUAUUUACAGAGUCCGUAUUGAAGAAAACUCCUAAAUGUUUUUCAUUAUGGCAGCAUCGUUUAUGGGUAUUAACGCUAUUGUUUAAUAUGCGUUAUUCUGGUGUUAGUGACAUUUUAACUAAAGAGCUUUCUUUAUGUAUGACCCUUUUCAAGGUUGACGGUCGUAACUUCCACUGUUGGGGUCACGUGAACUACGUUCGUCAUUAUUUGAAGGUGUUAGAAUCUGAGGGUUUAUCUGGUGGUAGUGUGGAUGAUCUGUGUUAUUCCGAGUUCAGUAAAUUGAUCGCUAAGAACUUUUCGAAUUUUUCUGCAUGGUGUCAUCGUGGUCAAUUAUCUGAAACUCAUGGUUCCUUGGCUGAUGAAUUGGAUACAUUGACCCCUGCUAUUUAUACUGACCCCAACGAUCAGUGUUUGUGGGAGCAUUUCGAUUGGUUAUUGUAUCGUCGUAACGCUUUGGGUUAUUACCUUGUUCGUUCCUUUUAUUGUUCUAAAUCGCAUAGUUUUGUGUUCUACUUUAACGAUUGCGUGAAGCUGUGGCCUAGUGACAGUUUUAUUAUAGCCGGUGUUUCUGAAGAGAAUUGUGGUAAGCUCGAUGGCACAUGGUCUGCUAUAUCAUGUGUUUCUCAUAAUCGAAGGUUACAAGACGUCGAUGUUCCUGAGUAUGCAUGGCGUUAUACAUUGUAUGAGCCUUGUGCUGUGGAAUCCAUUGCGUACGUAUCCUUAUCUCUGACUAUCGAGACUGAUGAAGGUGUUAUCGAUUCUUUUUAUUCUCGUCUGCGUCAUAUGUCUAAGUGCAACUUGUCAUCUGAGUUGAACUCUAACGGUGACCUUGUUCCAUGUUUAUUAGCUUUACGUUACAAAUUGGAGGUUUUGGCUAAUGGUGAUAUGCCUUUGCCUCUUGCUAAAUUGGAAUUUUCACGUAGUCGUAUGGAUUCUGCAAGUGGUUGGGAGGAUUUGUCAUCUGUAUUGCGUGGUCCUGCUAUAAUGCCUUAUUCUCUGCGGAUAGUGUCACUUGGCAAGGACGUAACCGAUAUUAUUUUAGAGCAGCAGCUGGAUAUGAUUAAAUCGUUAUUGUCUAUGGAUACUGAUUCGAAAUAUUUAUAUUUGGCUAUGCACAAGAUCCGGCAGCAGCUGGGUCAGCCUUCUGAUUCUGAAGAUUGUUAUGCUAAUGUGGCCCGUAUCGACCCUUUACGUGGUACUUUGUAUGGUGAUCUGGAAAUGUUUUGCAAGGUUAAGCGCAUUUUGGACGCUACUGCUGCUACAGGUAGUGCGUGUGCUAACCUUGCUGAUAUGAAUUUGCGUCAUUUGAGUUAUCGUAUUUUGCAACCGCAUGUUUUGCUAGAAGAGUUGGAUCUUAGUGACAAUUUAUUAAGUGACAGUUCGUUAUUGGAUUUCGGGUUAUAUGUGAUGUUUAAGUUACGUCAUGUGAUAUUAUCUGGUAAUAAAUUUACAUCCUUAUCAAGAAUCUUGGACUCUUUUAGAAGCGUUGUACCUUUGGAACGAUUAAACCUUUCGGGUAACCCUUUGGCUGUUGAGACGGAUUGGGCUGCGAUAUCGCUAUCACCUUUUCUUCGGGAGAUUGAUGUGAGUGACACUCCUCUGUCACGUUUCAUUCUAGAAGAAUGUGGUUUAUCUGGUUGUACUGACUAUGCUUCGGUGCCAUUUCCACAUUUACCUGAUUUUUGUGUUACUAUAUAUGGCCCAAAACCUACUUUUGACGAGGAGACAGUACCUUCUAUAUACCAUGAGGGCAUAUCACGUGUACUGUUAUGUCGAUCAUGCAAAAAAGAGUGA